UAAGCGGAAACUCAGGACAGGCACCGGGUUGUAUCUGAGGUGCUGUUUAGAUACAAAAUGGACAUCGCCAUCCAGCAUCCUUGGUUCCGCCGCUCUUUCUGGCAGUCCUUCUUUCCCAGCCGGAUCUUCGAUCAACAUUUUGGGGAGCACGUCUCAGAGAGCGAGGUUUUGGCACCCUAUCCUUCGGUAUACUGUCCACGCCCUUCUUUCUUUCGCUGGCCCAGCUGGGUGGAGAGUGGGCUUUCUGAGAUGAAAAUGGAAAAGGACCGUUUUACCAUCAAUUUGGACGUGAAGCAUUUCACACCCGAGGAACUGGGGGUAAAGGUCAGCGGAGAUUACAUCGAAGUUCACGCCAAACAUGAGGAUCGCCAGGAUGACCACGGGUUCGUCUCACGAGAGUUCCACCGGAAAUACCGUGUCCCGUCUGGCGUUGACCCGACCAGCAUCACGUCAUCUCUGUCCUCUGAUGGCGUCCUGACCAUCACGGCACCUCGCAAGCCCUCUGAUGCCCCCGAGCGCUCUAUUACCAUCACUCGCGAAGACAAGUCUGUGGUGUCUGGCUCACAGAAGAAGUAAAGCUCCAACGUCUUCAACACUGUUACCGGUGUGGUGUUCGUCCUGCUGAUCCACUGCGCACCCCUGCACUUACACUCCACUAUUAGGAGAUAAAGAUUGACCUGUUCAUUUUAUGGCUAAAAGGUUUCUCUUUUACAACCUGAUGUUAAAUUGAUUUAAACCACUGGAGUUUUGUUUACACUGCACGGCCACUAGUCAUAGACGGCAUCCGCCAAACAAAAGGCCCAUUGUCCAAACAAUGGCUGCAUAGAGCUGGUGAGGGUUUGCGUGUAGGAAGCCAGAGCAAUCGUCGUGAUGAAAACGAGAAAUAAUAGCAUGACAGAACUUCCAAACCUAUAAUCUCGUUUCUCAAAAGAAGUCCACGUUUUUGUGUUUCGAAUGAAUAGAACGGGAGAUGAGCUCUGUGGUAUUAGAAAAAGGAAGUUUAUUCAGUGAUCUUACUGUAUGUCUCAUGUUCUCAUGUCUUAUGUCUCAGACACUACAAAGAGAUCAGAUGCAGGUUGUGAGGGGAAGAGCAAAUGCUGGUGUGAAGAAAAUGACAUCUUUCUGCUCCAAACAGGCUCUGUAUGAGGAAUGGAACCUUGGAGGAAACCUUGUAGUGAUAGUGGUUUUGAAAGCAUGACAACUAAAUAGAAGAUUUAAUAAGAUUUUUUAAUAAUGUCUCACUUUUUUGGCAUUCGUUAAAAUGCGUAACUUAAAACGAGUACUUGAGUGGUGUGUUUGUCCCGUGUACACGUUUGGGAUGGUGCUUAUGAGUUAAAGGUUUUUUUACUUUUGCCAGAGCACCACCUCAUAAUAGCAUCACUGACAAAGCUGCUAAAAACAAAGGCCGUUCUUGAGUCACUUGUUUUUGUCACAACGUUGUGCUAAAACCAGGAUUUCGUACAGCUAAUUUCUCUCAAGUUCUCUGUGUUCAACAUGACAUACUAAAUACCUAAAGAGGAACAAAUGUGAGGGAGCACACAAGUCGAGGUUGAGUCAACAUGGCUUUUCUUCUGCUUUCCCAUGUUAUUUUAGUAUGAAACGUCAUAAUAAGAGCAAAUCACUAAACUGGUCUCAGAUUGGUGCAAAAAAGGCCUAAAUACUAUUGUUUUGUUUAAUCUCUUGCUUUAACAUUCCUGACUUUUCACACCACACCACUAAGCAAUACAGUAUGUAACUAUAACUUUUUAAUUCUGUGUGUAUACUUAUGGCUGCAAGCUAUUAAUAAAUCCUGUGGUCAUUUAAAGAUGAA